AUGGGGAUUACUCUGGGUCUCUUGGUAUCUUCUCUGAUUGUCAUCCACGCUCGUCCACAAGACACCCAGCAAGAGAGGGAUGAGACAUUGGUUCUGCUUAUUAUCGAUGGAGUGUUUUACACUGCUGGCUACUUUUUUCUGAUAAAUUGUGUCCUCGGAUUGAUCAUCACGUGGAUGGAUCCAACAACGUCCAAUCCUAAAACAUCUCGUUACGCCCGCUUCUUUCGGUGCCUCCAUCUUGGCAUCCUCGGUGGGGCAGUACUAGUGAUUUGGGGAGGCAUUACCGUAGCGACCGUCAAUUUCAAUCCACAGACGGCAGAGGAAGGUCAAAAGGUGUUGAAUCAGUUGGACAAGAGCAAAAAAUUACGAACCUUGGGAACAUCCCUCGUCCUCGUCACCGUCGUCACUCUCCUUCUCAACAUUGCUGUCCGCCUUGUCAGAAAUCCCACCCGCCAAGCCACCUACCUCCUCGUCGUGACCUUCUUUCUAACCCUGCGCACCUCCCUCUCGUACUACUUUAUCUACGGUACAUCCGGAAUUGCAGAUGAUGUCCACUUGUACGGUCUGGGCGUCGCCCCUGAAUUACCAGUUUUGAUCCUAUUGUGCAUUCCCCCGUUUGUCGCGUGGUUCAAGCCGGCUGUUGCCCAGAGUUUUGCGAGCGUACUGCCACAGAGGUGGAGACGGAGGUUUGAAUUUUUGAGUGGUGGAAGGAGGGAGGGGACUUUUCCUGAGCCGCAAGUUGAGUAUGUUGAAGCCAAGAGGAGUUUGGAGGCAUAA